ACCCGUCCUGCUGCUCCGCUCGUCCAGAGCGGCCGAGGUGGGACUAAACGGAAGCACGGCGCGCGUCGGUUUGCCUGCCUGUUGCCACUUGGGCUGGCUGGGUAAGCAGCGCAUCGCGGGCCGCGUUUGGUAGUUGGGCUGCUCGGCCUCCAUACCGACCGUGCCUCCGUCGCCGCCACACUCGCGCGCUGUGCAGCCUCCGUCGCCGCCACAGCAGCGCCGCGCCGCCUCCGACCCCGCGGAAACUCCCUCCCGUUGCCACCGCUAGCCGCUCGCCUCCAGCCCUCCGUCCCUCGCUGCCAGUCGCAGGCGGGGAGGCCGGAGCCCCCGGGGGCUGCAGCGGAGCGCCUGAGGAGGCCGCGCGGGCACGCGGCGGCCGGCACCACCUCCUCCGUUACGUGCCCGUCCGUCUAGUAUAGACACUGGGCACGCUCUGCGAACUAUUGUUGAUAAACUUCUAUGUUAUGUAGGGGGUUUUUGGGAGUAGAAAGGAGAACUUGAUGUAAUCUGGAAGCUGUGGCCUGUUUUUUCUCAGGUAGUCCUCUCCAUCGAUUUAUCAAGGAAUCUUGGUCCAUGAAGUGUAACUUGUGCACACUUUCUACCUUCUUCUGCUGGUACUGUCAAUGUAAGGAGGGGAUUGGCAUCCCUCUUCUAUGCGCCGGGCACUUCCAGGGUUCCUGCGUCGAGCCCUUGUGAUCAGGAACUACCCCUCAAUGUUGCACCUUUCCUCUCAGGCUUGUUGCUUGUACAACUUGGACCAUCAAGAAACCAGUCGAGGUGCUACCAGCAGUGAUUAUAGAAGCCGGUGUCUUCUUCCCUUGAUCACACUAGCAGUGCGGACUUCGAACUGGGAUGCUGCCAGAAAGAUAAGCUUCAGGGAGUGUGUGAGGUUAUACGGACUAUCUCAGUCGACCGGGUUGUUUGCCUUGCUUAUGCAGUCAUUCUUGCCACGGAGAAUCAGAGAGAUCCGGUGCUUGAUUCAGAGCGUGGUUGAUUACUGUGGAAAUGCUGGGCCGAAUCUGUUUGAGUUGGCUCCUAUGUUGGUCAGCAAUUUGGGUGGUUCAAUGACGCUGUUACAGGUUUAUGCUGCAGUCAUCCGGAUUUUUGUAGAGUCGUCAAUGUUUGAGGAUGCUCUUCUCACUUAUGUUGAGGCCAAGAAGGUUGGUAUUGAGCUGCGUUUGUGCAACUUCUUACUGAAGUGUUUAGUUGAGGGGAACCAAACCAUGUACGCGAGGAGUUUGUUCGAUGAUAUGAAGAGUUCUGGUCCUUCACCAAAUGUCUACUCUUAUUCGGUUUUGAUGAGUAUGUAUACACAUGGAGAGAGGUUAUGCUUAGAGGAAGCGUGUGAGCUUCUUUAUGAAAUGGAAACAAAUGGUGUGCAACCGAAUGCUGCAACCUAUGGAACUUACCUCUAUGGGCUUUGCCGAGCUAGACAGGUGACAUCUGCAUGGGACUUUCUUCAAAUGCUUUGUCAGAGAGGCUACCCUUGCAACAGUUAUUGUUUCAAUGCAGUGAUUCAUGGUUUCUGUACUGAGGGCCAGGUUCACAAAGCUGUAGAAGUGUUUGAUGGGAUGAAGAAAGGUGGAUUUGUCCCUGAUGUCCACAGCUACAGUAUACUAGUGAAUGGGUUAUGCAAACAAGGGGAUCUGUUGACAGGUUAUGGCGUGCUUGUUGAAAUGGCAAGAAAUGGAAUCAGUCCUAAUCCAGUGAGUUAUAGUUCACUUUUGCAUGGUCUUUGCAAGACUGGAAAGGUCGAAUUGGCAUUUCAGCUUUUCAAGAGCCUCAGAGACCAAGGUUUCGAGCAUGACCAGAUAGUUUACAGCAUCAUUCUUCAUGGUUGUUGUCAACAUUUAGAUCUAGAGAUUGUUUAUGACCUUUGGAAUGACAUGAUUCAUCAUGAUUUUGCUCCAGAUGUUUACAAUUAUACUAGCCUGAUCUAUGCAUUAUGUAGACAUAGAUACCUUAAAGAAGCAUUGGAAGUAUUUGAACUCAUGCUUGAGAAUGGGAUAAGUCCGAACAUUGUGACCUGCACAAUCCUAGUUGACAGCUUUAGCAAAGAAGGGCUGAUCGGUGAAGCCUUCCUAUUCCUGGACAAAGUAUAUCAGUUGGGAAUCGUCCCAAAUCUUUGCAUGUACAGAGUUAUUAUCAAUGGCCUUUGCAAGAUCAACAAAUCUGGUGAUGUAUGGGGAAUUUUUGCAGACAUGAUAAAGAGGGGUUAUGUUCCUGAUGUUGUCCUCUACAGUAUUAUUAUUGAUGGUUUCGUGAAAGCUUUGAAGUUGCAGGAGGCCUUCAGGUUGUAUCAUAAGAUGUUGGAUGAAGGCAUAAAACCUAAUAUAUUUACGUAUACUAGCCUCAUAAAUGGGCUGUGCCAUGAUGAUAGACUUCCUGAAGUUAUUGCAUUGUUGAAGCAUAUGGUCGGAGAGGAACUGGUACCUGACAAGAUUGUGUACACAUCUGUUAUUGCAUGCUACUGUAGGCGUUCAAAUAUGAAGGCUGCUCUGGAAUUGCUCACAGAGAUGGAGCAAUGUGGUUUAUCACCAGAUGCUUUUGUCUAUACUUGUCUAAUUGUUGGCUUUAGUAAAGUGCUUGUGAUGGAUGGUGCACGCUUGAUGAUGGAAGAAAUGGCAAAAAAGAAGCUUACACCUACUGUUGUUACAUAUACAGCUCUCAUAAUUGGAUACUUAAAAACGGGGGAUGAGAAACAAGCUAAUAUGGUGUACAGAAGUAUGCUUCAGGCAGGCAUUAUUCCGGAUGGCAAGCUGAGUUGUAUUUUGGGCUUCGACAAUGACGGAAGUGAUUCUGAUCAUUCUCAGAAAGUGCAGGAUGUAACAUAGAUUUUCACAUAGAGCUCUAUUAACUUGUUCAAGGGAUUGCUUGUGAUGGUGAUGAACCCACAUAGUAUGGAACAGUUGCCAAGAAUGCUGUACUCCAAGCAUUUCACCUUAAUGCAGCGCUGGCACAGCAUCAAUAUUAGUUGCAGAUGCAAGAGAGCUUAUCUGCAGAAUGAUAAAAGAGAUACAGCAUCAUUCCUUUUUAGAGGUCUAAGUGAAGCUUCAAAACACCGAGAAGGUUUUGGAACUGCUGUUUUCAUAUCGGAAUAGCACACGUCAGGAAGGUGAAUCUUUUGGAAGCUUCACACACUGGACUUUGUGUGUGGUUUUUAUCUCAAAAGAACCAAGAAAUGAAAAUCUUGAAAAAACAAACUCCCCAGCCAAACAACUAGAUGCUGCGCUGGCAGAGCACCUAGGUACACCAUUACAGCAAUGCUGGAGGAAUGGAGGUUAAGAUGUGGGAGGAGAUCAGAUUGCAGUACAUUGCUAAUUCUCUCCCUGACACCUUUACUAUAACAUGGACGGACCAAAUGUCUAUGUAUAAUGUUUGGCGGAGAGAAACACUCUCGAAAAGAGUUGCUCUAUGGACUAGGUUUAGAAGAAUGCAGGCGUGCCAGUAUACUAUCGCAUACAGAAUUACUAACAAAUAUGCAAUGUAUACACAAAGACGAAUACGGGAAAAGAUCACUUUAUUCAUUCACUUUUGGAAUUAUAAAGUACAGUUUCCCACGCUUUACAUUGAAUUGCACCAAGUACAUCUGACUGACUAACUAUUGGCGAUUGUACUGCUCUUGGUUCCCGUGGCUUCGUGAAACUGCCGGUUAAUUGCAUCUGCAGUUUUGGACUGCAUAACACCUCCAAUUAAGCGUGUUUGAUGGUCGUCUUCUCGAUGUCUCCAUUUGUGCAUAAGCUGUAAAAGAGAAAGCGGUAGUGAAACAAGAUAAGGCAACUCCUAGUACUACCACUAGUAGACAAGUUUGAUCCCAGUUGCUUGUGGAACAAGAUAAGGCAACAACUUCUAGCACCCCCGAUGAAGUGGCCCCAAAUUCUGUGAAGUCAGAUGAUAUUCAGCUUAGGUUUCGUAUGCCUGGUGGAAUUAGACUGAAGAUCAAGCUGACAAAACAAGAUAUUUUAAGGAAAGUGGAGAAUUCUGUGGAUGAAAACCAUGGCAGUGGGGUCAGCUCAUAUGACCUCUCUAUGAUUUGUCCAAAAAGAAUCUUCACUGAACAAGGCAUAUUUGUCAAUGCAUCAGCACAAAACAUUUAUUAUUUUCUUGUCCCUAAGCAUAGUUUUCAAAACCAGUCCAGACCGUACCGCAGUUGAACCUAAAAGAAAAGGUAAAACUGGAACUGUCUACUUCUCCAGCUUGGUUUCCUUCAAAGACAGUGAAAAUACGGCUGUUUUGUUUAGGACAAGUAUUUGAGAUCUGGAGCUCUGAUCCUGUGGAGAUAUGGCUGUGGCUGUGGGCCUCAAGCGCACAAGACCAAAAGACACUAUUGACCAAGCUCUGGUCAAUGGAAUCGUCCUGGAACGGAGACAGUUUCUGUAUGGCGUCCACUUCCUGGUAACAGGAGCGAACAAGCAGAUUGUGAAAACUCUGGAAAUACAUUGCGAAGGUCCAGACCGUUUGGUGCCAAUGUCCACACUCUGGGGAGCGAUGACCAAGGUCCAUUUGAUGAUAGAAACAUUUUCUGGAAUGGGAACUCAACCGGGUUUGGAGGCAACGACAGGAAAUAAAUAGUGCGGCAGAGACAACAUGGUAGCAGAGUCAAGUCAGAACAUAUGGAAGGGAAAUAAUAACGUUUCGAACAGUCUGGGAAGUUAAACUGAGUGCUAAAACCGCAUCUCCAGAAAGUAUACAUUGGUGAUAGUUUUAUACAACAAUGGUUACCGUUACCAAAUCGAAGUACUUUGUUGUAUAGAUAGCCACGGAAAUUAAACCUAAUCUUUCUGAUUCUACUAUUUCCCCCCUUCUGGUAGAUGGUAGCCAACUCUGUGUUGGCAAUGAACAAAAUCCGCAGCAGUAAUAAC